AUGGCUCCUCGUAAACACGUAACUUUGACUUUAGAUCAAAAAAUUGAAAUAAUUAAGCUAAUGGAAAAUGGCCAGAACUAUGGUAUGAUUGCUGAGAAAUACGGAAUAGGUAAAUCGACUGUUGGUGACAUAAAAAAAAAUAAAGAGAAAAUUAUGAAGUUUGUCAGCACAACUGAACGUGGUCCAGGCACACGUAAAACUUUAAAAGAACCGGAAAAUCUUAUUCUCAAAAGUGCUUUAUUUAUAUGGUUUAUGCAACAGCAGAGACGACAUAUUCCGAUAAGUGGUGAAAUAAUUUGCGAAAAAGCACGUUUAUUUCACCGUAAAAUAACAAAGCAGGAAGAUGGUUUCACUGCUAGUAGAGAUUGGCUAGACAAAUUUAAACAUCGUCAUGGUAUUAGGCGCCUUAAAAUAACGGGUGAGAAACUUUCAUGUGACGAAGCAUCAAUCGAACCAUUUCGAAAUGAGUUACUGCGAGUCAAAAAUGAAAACAAUUUGGACCUAGAACAAAUUUAUAACGCUGAUGAAUCCGGUUUAUUCUGGCGAAUGUUACCAGAGCAUACAUUAACAUCAAGUCAUGAGAAAAACGCCCCUGGAAGAAAAAUGAUUAAAGCUAGAAUAACAUUCAUGCCUUGUGCUGAUGCAAGUGGAACACAUAAAUUGCCUUUACUCGUCAUUGGUACUGCACAAAAACCACGUGCGUUUAAAUCAGUUAACCUUCCCGUAUACUAUCGUGGACAAAAAAAAUGCUUGGGCCACUUUUUUUUAUUUUUAGACUGGUUUCAAAAACAAUUUGUUCCUGUAGUUCGUGAGCACCUUUUAAAUGUAAAUUUACCUCCAAAAGCUUUAUUGUUGUUGGAUAAUUGCCCUGGACAUCCAUCAGCAGAAGAAUUACGUAGUGAUGAUGGCAACAUUUUUGCAAUGUUUUUACCCCCUAAUACUACAGCGCUUAUUCAACCGAUGGAUCAAAAUGUAAUUCAGAAUAUUAAAUUAAACUAUCGUAAGUCUCUCUUAGUCAAUGUUCUUGCUGAUCCGGUGCAUGGUGAAAACCUUAUUGAUGCUCUAAAGGCCAUAAAUUUAAAAGACGCAAUACAGGAAAUAUGUACGAAUAAAAUAUCUGAUUCUCAAGCACAGGAAUGGGCUUGCCGUGGCGCAGACGAAGAUUUAGCGAAUCAUGAAAUCUUAACUGAUGAUCAAAUUCUACAAAUUGCAGCAAAAGAGGAUAUUGACGACGAGGAUGAAAGUGGCUCAAUCAGUAUAAGUAAAGUUUCUCCUUCAGAAGCUGUGAAUGCACUGAAUACUGUAUUGCAAUGGGCGGAAGAUGAGAACAUGGAUAGCACUGAUAUUUUGUUGGAUACUUACCACAUACUUUUAAAUGAUAAAGUAGCUCAUAAAUUAGGUGGAAAGGGUGAUACUGAAUGA